AUGCCAGCACAAGUGGAACAGAAGACUGUGGACCCUGAAGCAGAACUUAGCAAUGUCCAAAGAACGUUCCAAAAAUUGGCGCCAAUGUGCAGCGUGGAGAAGCGAGCUGGUGGUAUUCCCCAGCUGGCGCCACAGGAGAAGCAGCUCGGCAUCCUCGCUACUGAGCUUAAGGAAACCCUGCUAUGCAUCAACUUAGCUAAAAAGGGCCAGCAUGCCCUUCGAGACAAUCAACUCAAGAGUGGAACGAAGAAGUCGAUAGUUGAAUAUGAGCAUCUAGAAAGUAUCUUGAGAGACGAACGCGCCCAACAAGCUGAACUGGACUGCCUUAACUACUUGGCGCAGAAACAGUUGGUUGAGCUUCUGAAGAAAGUGCCUACGGAGGCUGAUGAACUAGCAAUGAUAGAAAAUGCAAAUAAUCGUUUACGGCGUAUGGAGAACCGACUGGAUUUAGCCACGAAACGGUUCUGCCUCGUCAAUACUGACAACAAGAGAGUGAGGGAGGAAAUUGACAGGCUUCUUGUAGAACGAAAUGACUUUAAUAUCCUGUGGAAUCAUACAAUCGGCAAACUUGUAAAGGGCAAGGAGUACCUCAUGGAUAUUCUUGAAAUCGCUACCAAUGCCUUCGGAGAUAGAGAUGAGUGUUGCAGGAAGGUCGACGCUCUGAAGUGGAAGGGACUCUUUCAACUGAACAGGGAUAUAUCGGAAAUGCAAUCGUAUGAAGGCGAACUGAACCAUUUAGCGAAACUGGAGGAGUUUUUAAGAGUAAAAGGAUCUAGGAGGAUCUGUGAAGCUGAUGAGAUAGAGGAAAUCAAAAGACAGGAGGAAGUUCAGAGAUGUGAACAGGAGAUUGCACGCCACGACUCUUUGCUAGAAGGGAUUUUUCAAUACGCGGGGUCUGAAAGGGUAGGCGCAGUAAUAAGCCACUUCCAGGCGGCGGAAAUUCAAAACUUUUCCAUAUUUGUACUGCUGUGUGAAGUGCUUCAAGAGUCUAUUUUUAUGAGGAAAGAGUUAGAAAUAUUGAGGCAACGUAUUUUGGAUCAACGUGACAUGAACGAGGCUCGAGAGGAGAAGGAAGAUAAACGGCUUGCGGAGCUAAAACUUCAGUUAGAGAAGAAAAGAGAACGUACCGCCGCUAUAUUGGACGCAAACAACAACACUGAGGCCACUAUUUUGAAAGUUUUGAAAGGCAUCGACGAUCUUGUCAGGUUGGCAAAAUGUGACGUCACACCGCUUCUCUCUUUGCUCGGAAACCAUAAGGAAGUAACCAAGUGGAACGUUCGUAAGUUCCUUAGGAUUUUGGAGUCUGAAGUGAAGAGUCUAAUCGAAGUCGCUUAUGGAGCGGUUAAGCCGCCCGCACCAACUCCCAAAGCCCGCAAGGGUCCACCACAACCAGCUACCAAGUUGGUAGCAGAUCCAUACGUGGAGACAUUAAUACCAAACAGAAUUGAAAAACUCGUUCCUUACCAGCCUUGUGCAUAUUGUGUCGAAGACUACAUUAUGAACCUCGUCUUUGAGACACCAGCAGUUCCAGCUGACAAAGAAUAUGUUGAAGGCAUAUUCCAUCUUGAGGACGAAAACACCAAGUUUGGAAUAUACACCUUGACUAUUCCCGCUAAACGCCAUCCGUACCGAGGACCAAAGAAGGAUUAG